AUGGCAUCAAUGAAGAAUAUUAGAACGAGAAUUAAAUUGGAAGACACUGAAAUUUUACACACUACAUCAACAAAUUUUCCUGGUAAUUAUUCCGGUUAUGAUGAUCGUUUAAAUUUAGAUGAAUUUCGACAGAAUUUGCAAGUUCAAAUAACUAGUCUGAAUGAUACCACAACUGAAUUUGAUUUAAUCGGUAUUGAUGCAGCUAUUGCGAAUGCAUUUCGUCGUAUACUAAUUGCUGAACUUCCAUCGAUGGCUAUUGAAAAAGUUCAUGUAACAGAGAAUUCAUCGGUACUACCUGAUGAUGUUCUUGCACAUCGUCUUGGUCUUAUUCCAUUGCGUGCUGAUCCAACCUUAUUUAUUGAUAAAGUUGCAGCUGAUACAAAAGAACGUGAAGAUGAUACAUUAAUUUUUAAACUUAAAGUUGCAUGCAAAAAAAAUCCUAAAGCACCUACCGAUGGAGAUGAUGAUCCUAAAAAGCUUUACAUCAAUAGUAAUGUUUACACACAACAUAUGGAAUGGAUACCAAUUGGUAGUCAAAUAACAAAGUUUAAACCGGAAGAUAUUGGACCAGUCUUUCCUGAUAUAUUAAUUGUGAAACUCCGUCCGGGUCAAGAAGUUGACCUUAAACUUGUUUGCCAUAAAGGUAUUGGUCGUGAUCAUGCAAAAUUUUCACCUGUUUGUACUGGAUCGUAUCGUUUAAUGCCUGAAAUUAUUUUGAAAAAGCCUAUAUACGAUGAAGAUGCAGAACAUUUACAAAAAUGUUUUACACCAGGUGUCAUUGAACUUGAACAGGAUAAUGAUGGCCAUCGUCGUGCUGUCGUAUCGAAACCUCGUCUUGAUAUGUGUAGCCGUGAAGCACUUCGUUAUCCUGCUUUUAAAGAUUCUGUUGAAUUAAAUAAAAUUCGUGAUCAUUUCAUAUUUAGUAUUGAAAGCGUUGGUGCUCUACGUCCAGAUCAGCUGUUUAUCGAUUCUAUUAAAUUACUUAUGGCGAAAUGUGAUCGAUUAUUACAAGAAAUCGAUGGUAAUAUAAACAAUUAA